AUGGUUUAUAUUCUUUUACUUGCAAGCCUUGCUGUAGGCAGCUCUGUUCUAGCUGCCCCCAACUAUGCUGUUCCUGAUGCUCAGCCUGAAAACGCCGUUGGGAUUGAUCCAACACCUGUAGGGGCCUCAUUUGAGUUUUUCAUGUGGCCCUCCUACAUGACCAACAUCUCGUUGACCCUUCCUUGUAUCGAUCACUUUAACAAGCUCUAUAAUCGGAAAAUGCCUAUUCGCAUCGGAGGAACAACGCAAGACAGAGCGACCUACGAUCCUGCUUUUAGGGGCUAUGUUUCAUAUAGCGUUGAUGACCCUCUGGAGGCUCCUAUGAGUUUGACUUAUGGGCCUAAGUUCUUUGAUCUGAUUAAGAAGUUCGGAAGCGACACCAUUCUUGGGUUCAACCGAGGACUCAACAAUAGGACAAACACAUUUUCUGCCGUUCUGAAAGCAAAGGAAAAGGUGGCCAAAUAUCUUUGGGCAAUCGAACUCGGCAAUGAGCCUGAUUUGUACUGGAAGUACUGGCAGUACCCAGUGGCAGAAGCUCCCUGGAACGAGACUCAGGAGGGUGGAAAUGCAGCUGACUGGGCGCAAGAUUUUAUCAACCAUUGGAAAAGCCCUCUUCCCAUCCUAGCUGGAGGUGGAUAUGCCAUUCCCUUUGAAAUCGAACCCAAUUGGCCUAAUCUGCCCUAUCUCAUCGAAACCAGCUACAACAAGACAGUCAAAGAUGCUACCAAAGUGUACAAUGGCCACUUGUACGCGUUUUCUAACGCUUCCGCCGAGGACUUGGGUCCUGAGAUGAAACAUCAGAGAGUUGUCCAGGAUCUGAGCCUGCUGCCCAUCUCAGGUGCAAAGUCUGUCGGAAGAUCGUACAUCCUAGGUGAAACCGGAUUCCAUGGGCUCGAUUAUGAAAUGGAUUCCACUUUUGGAUCGGCCAUUCAGACAACUGACAAGACCCUUCGCGCCUUGACUCUUGGUAUUCAGCGACUGUUCUAUCACCAAGGCACAAUCAACCAGGCCUUCUUCAACUGGUGGUGGAGUGAUCAUGUAAAUGCCCCAUUCUAUGGUGCCUACUUCGGUGCUCUCGCUGUAGCCGGAGGAGAUUCCAUCGUUGCCAGCGACAAUGGCACUGACCCCUAUGCUCAAUACAUCAUUUACAAGAACGGAAAAGCAUUCAAGGCCGUUAUGAUUAACACAGACUACUACUCUGGCAGUGGCAAGCGCUCUGAAACCAAGUUCACUCUUAGUGGGCUGAGAACCAAUUUGGUCCAGGCCCUCCGCAUGACCGGACCAAGCAGUGAAACAACUGUACCUAUCAUACAGACCAAGUCAUCUCCCCAGCCUAGCAUCGGAGGUCAAUCCUUCUCAAACAAGAACUGCAAGUUGAGCGGAAAGCAAAAUAGUGAAAAGUUUUCAGUCAAGAAGGGAAAAUUAGAAGUGACUCUCAAGGCUUCUGAAGCAUUAAUUGUUUAUCUCUGA